AUGAUGAUGAUGAUAGUUCCGAAAAUUCCAUCUCCGGCGAAGAAAACGAUGAGGAAGUCUUCAGAUAUUCCGGCGAGUAUUGUUAAAUCUGAGGAGAAGAAAACUGAGAAACCUCCAUUCAGACUUGCCGUUGAUGACACUAAACCUGUUCUUCAGGACCCGAUUCUGAGAUCAGACCCAAUGGAGACGGAAGAAGCUGUCCUGAGACUUCCCUCUUUCCCGGGGAUGCGACCAUCUCAAUCAUAAAAGAGCUUUCCUUCCAUCUGACUCUUGUAUUUUGAGUGCCUAGAAGAUCAUUUUGUCUCUGCUUGAUGAGCUUAGCUUAGAGUCCAUGUUAUUGAUACAUAGAUAGAUAGAUAGAUGGAGACAAAAAAAAAGAAGUGUUUCAGUAUUUGGUGUCAGUAGACCAGAGUGUGUUUUCAUUACAAGAACUCUCAGCCAUUCAUUUGUCCCAUACAUUACUAUCACAUGCAAUAAAACGUAAUGGCUUUCA